UCAAAUCGUACAGUCACAAUUCUUUUCACGCUCUGAUACAACAAAAAUAUAUAUAAAUACUUUUGAAACAUUUUACUUUCCGCGUCUUUCUCUGACUUACCGUUAUGUGGGCAGCCAAACUGAUUGUGGUCACACUGCUGCUGCUGCAGUUUGCAGCCCUGGCGCUCAGCUGUUCGUGCGGCGAAGAGGCGAAAUUGGAGUGCGGUUGCACAAAACAUCACUAAAAACACAAAUACUUGGGAAUAUUACACAAAUUAUUGUAAAUAAAUAGGAAAUCACAAUUUAGUUAAGAUGGCGGACAUACCGGCAACCAGCGAAGGUAGUGCGAACACUAGUGAGGCAGUAGUGGAGUAUCAGCAGCCAACUCCGGAGUUUUUACAACGCAAAAUCUAUUUUUUGGUGGACCAAUUGCGAACUUACCAUUCGGAACUUCCCGAAAACUUGCAGACACGCAUUUCCUACGAUCUACUCACCGAACUCGCCAAUUGUGUGCUAAACGAUGGCAUUUUUGUAAUAGUAAAAGCAUUAAUGGAGCUGCAACACGAAACCGAAAGACACUUAAUUAAAAUACGGAUGCAGGCGGAGAACGAGUAUGAAAUAGAAGUGGCCGAGUGGAGGAGCAAGAUCAAGGAUCCCGAGGAGUUGCGCCACAUUUUGGGACUCAUGAAAAUAAAGCACACUAAGAAACUACACGAGUCGGAUACGAAGAUUAUCGAAAUACUAGAUCAAAAGGUUAAUGACCAACAAUCCACACUUCAAAAGGCCGGCGUUCCCGGCUUCUAUGUCACCGAGAAUCCCAAGGAGAUAAAAAUACAAAUGUUCCUGUUGGACUUCAUUUUGCGUUUGAGCCGGCUAAAAUACGAGCCCGGCAAAUAACAGUUAGUCCACAAUCCGGAGAACACAAAAGACUGCACUUGACUUGUUCAAAUUAGAAUAUUAAAGGCAAUUAAAUUAUAACCCUGAUCAAAUGUCCCAGCUGUACGAUCAAUUGUGGCCCCAAGAAACCUGUAGCGCUGCGCAGUUUUAAUCAGCGUAGAAUCGGGAGAGGGAGAAAGAGACGGGGCCGGCCGCCAGAAGACUGAAGAGCGGGAGAAUUGAUAACGAUAGCGCGGCACUCUCCACAUUCGCGUAGAAAGCGGGAGAGGCGGCAGUAUAAAUUGGACCGACCUUUCUGC